AUGACUGCACCUGAACCUACCGAUCCGAAAGGGAUAUGGGGUACAAUGCUGACGAUGAUCGGCGAUGAUGGAGAUAUCAAGACCAUAAUAGACCGCGACACGGAAGAUUUGGAUUGGGUGGAAAAAAAUCAUACACAACAUCGAGAUACCCGUGAGCCACUGUAUCUGAGAUAUGAGGAAUCAGGAAAGCGACACGCAACACCAUUAUCAACCUUUUGCUGGGGUUGGAUUAACGACGUGCGGGAUGACUACGCCGGCCCGACGGACAGCUCCCCUGGUGCCCUCGUCUUCUUCAUGGGAGGAUACUAUCGCCGGGAGCGGGAGGGUCAUGAAUCGAGGCCCGUUGGCUUGACCUUGAUGACAUCCCUCAUCUAUCAAAUGAUUGACCUCUACGGGAGAAAGAUCUGUCCAGAUAAAGGAGGCGAAACUCUGAGCUUCGAAAGGAACAAACGCAACGAUAUCGAAUAUCUCUGCGACUUCUUCAAGACGCUAGUGCAAAGAGUAACCAAGUUGAGGUCACUAGACUGUGUUAUCGACUUCCUUAACUUAUAUGAAUCAGAGAGCGAGGUGAUUACUGCCAUAGGCAGGUUGAUCACAUUGGUUCAAGAUCAACAUGCGGGGGUGCCGGUUCCACAGCCAUUCAGGUUGAUCCUCACUGGUCCCGGGCCGUCUGGGACACUGUUAAGAACCCUUGAAGAAAAGAAGGCCAUUGCAUCAUCCUAUAAUUUCAUCUCGAUAGGAUCGAAGCAUGCUGAUAAAGCUAUACUGAAAUUAGAUCUGGCCCGGAGUUUCUCAAUAUUCUGUAGAACUGACAGCUGCGAUAGUCCAUAG